CAGAAAAUGGUGAAAUUUCAGUAGACAAAGUGACAGAGAUCAAAACAGUUGAAGAUUGGAUUAUAAGGUAUUUAGCAUACUUACGUAAAGAAUCAGCAGAACAAAGGACUACUCGGUAUUUUUAUUAUAAUCUAAAUAAUGCUAUUGAUUUAUUGUCAGAUGACGCAACUGCAACUUGCCGUGUUAACCUUGGUUCUACUUUGCAUAAGCGAUUUGACAUUGAUAAAUUAUCUACUGGAACUUUGAUAACGGUUACGGGUGAAUUAAAAGAAACGGAAGGUCAUCGUUGGAUUGAAUGUGAAGGAUAUGAUACCUACUAUGAACCACACAGUGAACAUAUGCUGGCCUUGGAAACCAUAUCUAUGUAUAAGAAUCAUUAUUUCAAGAAUCAUCUCAGAGGGAAACUAUCGUUAUAG